AUGGAGGAGGAGGAGGAGGAGGAGGCAUGGGACCAGCGAGGGGCGCAUGUUGAGACGGAGCCUCUGUGUGUUCUGGAUUUCUUUGUGACAGAGCACCUUCAGAGGCACGGCUACGGACUGGAGCUGUUUAGCUUCAUGCUGCAGCACAAAAAGGUGGAUCCAGUGCUGAUGGCUUACGACAGGCCCUCCCCUAAGUUCCUCUCUUUUCUGGAGAAGCAUUACUGUCUGAAAAACAGUGUACCUCAGGUCAAUAACUUUGUGGUGUUUGCUGGUUUCUUCACCAACAGAUCAGGCUCGCCUCCCUCUCCUCUGCCGGAUCAGAGAACGUACGGCUUUUUCGGCCCAGUCGAGAAAGGUUCCCCCCAAAAAGCUGGACGGAGAGAUCAAGCCCUACUCACUAACACAGAGAGGGGCUGUGCGAGAGGAGCAGAGGCCUCUCCCCUGGCCUUUGUGUUGCCCCGUGGCUCCACCCUUCUCUCCUCCGUUGUCGGUAUCCUCCCCGUGCUCCCCAAGCAGGGCCCGCCAGUGCCCCAACCCCGGGGGCUACAGGGGCCCGGCCCCCAACCCCCCACUCAUCGACAGCCUCAACUACAGGGUAAAACGCACCAGGUAUGGUAUUCCUGA